AUGUUAGUCAACGAACUGAGGACACAACAGCAAUCACAAGGGCGAGACUCAACUGGUCUCGAGUUCAGCUUGGACGCCCUGGGUAGGCUGCUCGAGGACAACGUGGCCCGCGUACGCAACGACCUGCGCCUGCUAACCCACAAGCUCAACUCUGCCGAGGCCGCCAUGGCCCGCGGUAGCGACGGCAACACCAACAGCACCGCCUCACCCAGGGUGACGGUCUCCCUCUCCCUGCCCUUCCUACCGCCCCCUGGCCACCGCACCAUGCCCUCGCCCCUCCAGCUAGGCAGCCCCGGUCGACUCCUCGACACUGGUGCGGUCGGCCUACCCAAGAGUACCAGCAAGCGGCACACCGCACUGCAACUGCAUGGGAGGGACUCUCUGGGCAGCCUCGAAUCGAGCGCCGAGGCCACGCUCAAGCCUCGCGCUCGCUCGUUCAUGGAGGAGAGCGGCGGUAUGACGGACGAGACGAUGACCGGCGAUGAUGAAGAGGACGAGGAGAACGACGAUCUGCUAGAUUCGACGACGCUGUCGCAGUGCGCGGAGCAGGAGAGCCUGGGACAACUGGUGGACGAGCUGGUGACGCUCAACGUGGGCGGGCGCAGGUUCCAGACCUACCGCCGCACACUAAUGCGGGUCCCAGGCAGUCUUCUCGGUCGCUACACCACCUCCGAGCACUACGCCUUGGAAAACAGGGAGAGCACCAGCCGGUCGCGAAGGAAAGACGCGUUCUUUGAUCGCAACAGCACAGCCUUCGAGGCCAUUCUCGACUUCUAUCGCACCGGGGUUCUGCUGAAGCCGCCAGAGCUGCACGAGGAGGUGUGGAAGGGCGAGCUGGGCUACUGGGACAUCAAAGAGAACCAGGCCCUGGAGCUCACGACAGAGACAAAGACUGGCUCUCAGGGUGAGAAGAAGCAGAAGAGCAAGGCUGUCAAGCGGGUGAAGAAGAAGAAGAGGGCUUCUACCAAGGACAAGGACACCAUCAAGGCCCUCGCCUCCCCGCCUGGCGGGCGUAGCUGGGAGGAAGCCGACGACGUGAGCCUCAAGACCAAGGAGGCACCCGGCAGGGACGACCGGGUCAUGAGCACCAUCGACCUGCCGCCUCCCUCGAGCACUAAGAAGAAGGACAAGGGCAAGUACAUCACCACCCUCGCUUCCGAGGUGGGGGUGGGCGGGAGUGACAACAACACGUGGAAGAAGAAGAGCAGGCGCUCGGGCAGCGCCUCCGACCUGUCGCUGGAGAAGGAGAAGCCGGCUAAGUCCGUGGCGAAGAAGGAGAAGCGGGAGCACCGGGUCGAGCGGAGCGCCUCCAAUCGUUCCCUCACCUGA